AGUCGUAUCUGUGUUUCUGAGAGUUGCCCAUCAUGGACAGCGCAGGGAGGAAAGUCAUCGUCUGCGACAAUGGCACUGGGUUCGUCAAGUGUGGAUUCGCAGGCUCCAAUUUCCCCGAUCACAUCUUCCCUGCGCUGGUGGGUCGACCCAUCAUUCGCUCAGAUACUAAAGUCGGGAGCAUAGAAAUCAAGGACCUGAUGGUGGGUGAUGAGGCCAGCGAGUGCCGCUCCAUGCUGGAGGUGACGUACCCGAUGGAGAAUGGGAUGGUGCGCAAUUGGGAGGACAUGAUCCACCUGUGGGACCACACCUUCGGUCCGCAGCGGCUCAACAUCAGCCCUCCCGACUGCAAGGUGCUGCUGACGGAGCCGCCCAUGAACCCUAUGAAGAACCGGCAGAAGAUCGCAGAGGUCAUGUUCGAAACUUACCGCUUCCACGGUAUCUACGUCGCCAUACAGGCCGUGCUGACACUCUACGCACAGGGUUUGUUGACCGGUGUGGUGAUCGACUCAGGAGACGGAGUGACACACAUCUGUCCCGUUUAUGAGGGUUUCUCUCUCCCGCAUCUCACGCGCCGGCUGGACAUCGCAGGACGGGACAUCACUCGCUACCUGAUCAAGCUUUUGCUCCUGCGCGGCUACGCCUUCAACCACACGGCGGACUUCGAGACGGUGCGGAUGAUGAAGGAGAAGCUGUGUUUUGUCGGCUACAACAUUGAGCAGGAACAGCAACUGGCCAAUGAGACCACAGUCCUGGUGGAGUCCUACAUGUUACCAGAUGGGCGGAUGAUAAGGGUUGGAGGUGAGAGGUUCGGGGCUCCGGAGGCUCUUUUCCAGCCGCACCUCGUUAAUGUGGAGGGAGUCGGAGUGGCAGAGCUGCUCUUUAACACCAUCCAGGCAGCAGACAUUGACCUCAGGGCUGAUUUGUACAAGCACAUCGUCCUGUCUGGAGGAUCCACCAUGUAUCCAGGUCUGCCGUCCCGUCUGGAGCGUGAGAUCAAGCAGCUUUACCUGGAGCGAGUGCUGAAAGGAGACACUGAAAAACUAUCAAAGUUUAAGAUCCGCAUUGAAGAUCCUCCGCGGCGCAAACACAUGGUGUUCAUGGGUGGAGCAGUGCUGGCCAACAUCAUGAAGGACAAAGAGUCUUUCUGGCUCUCCAGAGCCGAGUAUGAGGAGAAGGGCCUGAAACUGCUGGACAAACUGGGCGGAGCUCUGAGAUGAAGAUCUACACACUCUUCAUCAUCAUCAUCAUCAUCAUCUUUAUUCUCUAUAGUACCUUUAAAGGGGGCCUAUUAUGCAUAAAUCUCUUUUAUAAGGGGUUUAAACAUGGUUCUGUGGCAGAGGUCUGUGAAUAUAUCCAGCGUCUGAUGGCUAAAAUGUAUUAAUUGUAUUUGUGUAUAAUCACACUUUAAAUAUAAACAGUCUGC